GGUGCGGAGUGUGGGGCGACGUGGAAAGGGGAAUGUCUGUGCUCUUCGUAUUUUCACGAGUGGGUCUUGCCGAUGAAGAUGAGAAAGCUUCUGCUCUCUGAUACUUUAUUAUUUCGCGGGCAGCCUGCAGGACAGGCCUCCGUGCCAGGGGAAGGGGUCUGGCCAAGGGGACGCCGUUGCCAAGUCGUUGCAUGCCCUUUGAGCAGGGAGAGCCUCUGACCUUCUGGUUUGCUUCGAGAAGCUGGGCACCGGAGUUGCAUGAAAGGACUCGGAGCGGGCCUCGUCGGAUGAGAAUUCGGCGUUUUCUCUGCAACUUUGAAGGGGUCUGAACGGGAGCGGGUCCUGUCCCUGCCCGGACGACCAGGCUGGGGGCGGGGGCGUUCAAACGUGGUGCCCGCGGGCGAGAGGGCAGAGCGGAGGCAUUGACCUCCAACGGAUUCGUGAUUGCGGCCCCCUCCCCCCAGAUAACGGCUGAUUCAGGCAGCCGGGGAGCGUCGGGGCAACUUGACUAAACAUGGAAGUUCCAAUCAGCGCGGUGCGGUCCGCCCGGGAGGAGUGACGUCAUUGCCACGUGCCUCCCCCCAGCGCACGGCCCGCGGGGCGCCAGUGCCAUCAAGAGCCGCGACCAGACCAGAGCAGCUCCCCCGGCCCCGGGCCCCCGCGCCGUUAACUCCCUUCUGGCUGACUCCGUGCCAGCCCCGAGGGGGGGGGGGGGGUCCCACGGGUUCCCUGAGGAUGGAGGGAGAUCCGGGGCGCUGGGCGAUGCUAACGGACCCAGCGAUGACUCUGAACCAUGUCACCCUGCGCCGGGGCCCCGUGGGCGCGCAGCCGCAGCAGCAGCGCUGGAGCGUCCCGGCGGACGGCAGGAACCUCAUGAUCCAGAGGGAGCCCAGCCAGCGAGGCCAGCGCCCCGCCGCCCCCGAGGACCCCUGCCGCCGGAGCUGGUCCUCCGACUCCACCGACUCGGUCAUCUCCUCCGAGUCCGAGAACACCUGCUACCGGGUGGUGCUCGUCGGGGAGCAGGGGGUGGGCAAGUCCACGCUGGCCAACAUCUUCGCGGGCGUGCACGACAGCGUGGACAGCGACUGCGAGGUGCUGGGAGAAGAUACAUACGAGCGAACACUGAUUGUUGAUGGCGAAAGUGCAACAAUUAUCCUCCUGGACAUGUGGGAAAAUAAGGGGGAGAGCGAGUGGCUGCAGGACCACUGCAUGCAGGUCGGGGACGCCUACCUGAUCGUCUACUCCAUCACAGACCGAGCCAGUUUUGAGAAGGCAUCCGAGCUGCGGAUCCAGCUCCGCAGGGCCCGGCAGACAGAGGACAUUCCUAUAAUUUUGGUUGGCAACAAAAGUGACCUGGUGCGGUGCCGGGAAGUGUCUAUUUCAGAAGGGAGAGCGUGUGCGGUUGUGUUCGACUGCAAGUUCAUCGAGACCUCCGCGGCGGUCCAGCACAACGUGAAGGAGCUGUUUGAGGGCAUUGUGCGACAGGUCCGCCUCCGGAGGGACAGCAAGGAGAAGAACGAGCGGCGGCUGGCCUACCAGAAGAGGAGGGAGAGCAUCCCCAGGAAAGCCAGGCGCUUCUGGGGCAAGAUCGUGGCCAAGAACAACAAGAACAUGGCCUUCAAGCUUAAGUCCAAGUCCUGCCAUGACCUCUCCGUGCUCUAGGCACCCCGAGUCACCCAGAUGUCCCCCUCAUGGACAUCGUUGAAGGCCACUGGGACCGAUAAUCUAUAUUAGAUUGAAUCCUUAAACAUUGUUAGAUGCGGCUUCCCCUUCUGCAGCUGGGAAUGUAUGUGUUAGCCUGAUGGGCCACAAAAUGCACGGGAGAUGAAAGAUCUUUGUAAAGAGUCCUGUUUAUUUACAGGAAAAGCCUGACGUGGCGACUUGAACACCCAAGACAUUAGAGGAUGUGUUCGGUGUUCACACGUGUUUCCUCUUUCCCUCGGGUAGUAGAGAAUCGAGGCCUUAAAAGAAUUCCUAGAAAAAUAACUGUUCAUUAUUAAAAUUUUCCCCAGGGUUCUGAUAUUUGAAUUUGAGGCCACUGGGUCAUAAGCAAAUAGAAGAGGGCUUAUUCCAGGGAGGAAGUUCCUUAUAUCUGUGGAGCUAGGACUGUGGAAUCGAGCUCAUCGUGACUGUUACUGCUCCCUCCGGCUGUGAAAAGAAAUGACGGACCUGCUGGAGACUAAACCUUGCAAACGGUUUUUGCUCAGUGCUCACAGUUGGGGAUCCAAAAAUUUGUAGAAUUGAGGACUGAUACAUGUACCACUGUGGGUUUCAAAAAGUAUAUCUUGACUUCUGUGUCUUAUAAUUUUUUAUUCAGGGCAAUUUAUUUUAAUCAAAUUAACUUAGUCAAACCACCUUUUAUGUUUCAUUAUUUUUACAGUCACAGGGCCAUCAUAAAAAUAUUUUUAAAAUCUGAAUUAUUGAUAACCUGGAGUGCAAAGUGCCACAUUUUUAAGUGUAAUCAAAGGCCUGAAUUUUUAUGACACAAAACAUAAAUACUUCCAGUACUUUGAGUUGACUCUUGUAUCCCACAGCUCUGCUCUAUUUAUUAUUUUGCAAAAUAAUAACCAUUUUAACAUUUGAUAAAGCAUAUUUAUGACAUGUUUCUUAAUAAGAAAAAUGUCCAUUUUAUUAUCAUUUUAUAUCUUUUUUAGAAUAUGCAAGUAUUUACCUAUAUAUCUUAUAAUAAAAGAAAUAAAAUCUUUGAAAAAAGG